AUGGCAUCAGUACCUUCCAUUGGUUGCCUGCUGGCCAAAAAUCAGUAUUAUCGAAAGGCCAGUAUUUCUUCAGUUAGCUCUUUAACUGAUUCUGUUAACAUCAUACCUGAUGACAAAUCCCAACAAGGGUUACCGAAAGUGGAAGAAUCCAGCUGGUGGUUUAAAUCCUUUUUCCAUUCUGAACCUGUGCUUUCAGAUGUAAGAGGAAAAGAUCUGUCUGCUAGUGGGUAUGUCUUAGUUUUUCUCUCAUAA